AUGCUGAUCAGGAUUUCAAUUUUCAUAGCUGUAUUCACCAUAUGUUGCAGUGCUCAAUUCAAAUUCCCUCCGCCGACAGUUCAACAUCAUACUCAGGAAAAUCAGGAGCACGUCAACGCGUUUUAUGAUUAUAAUUCCGAAGAAAACUAUGAUCGUCCUGUAAAUGUUUCAAUGUAUCAACCAACUAGCUGUGGAGAAAUAGAGCAAGAGAAAGUAAAAGAAUGCGCCGAGCCUUUAUAUAAAAUGGGAGCGAUCUCCGAGAAUUCACAUUAUUUGGGAUGGGAAGGAUUUAUUUUCCGUACGAAAUCAUAUUUCUCAGAAGUUUGCGACAAUUUCUUUCUAUUUGAUGUCUGCAUUGAGCCUUAUAAAGAUGUUUGUUUUGCUGCAGACAAGGCCCGUUUCAAUUAUGACGCUGCGAUUAAAAUUUUGGAUUUUCUGUGCAGAGAUGGAUAUGGGGAAAUGCUACGAAACUUUGAAUGCUUUACAAGGACCCUAACUAGAUCUGAAAUGAUGCAGUGCCAAGCUGAGCUGGUGUCGGAUACUAGGAAAAUCUCCGAGAGUCAUUCAGAAGUUUCUGGAGCUAAUGACGCAGCAGUUUGUGGGUAG